AUGAGUAUCACGUCGCAGCCUGCAGGAUCCCCGAAGCCAGUCACGCUGGACAUGGUUAUCGAGUCCCCUCCGGCGUUGUUCCAGGAUAUUCCGCAGCAGUCAUCAGGCGCUCUCAUCUCCGGCUUGCUACGCGUUACGCCCAAGACCGGCGAUGUGGUGAUGAACAGCAUCACCAUGUAUCUGGAGUGUACCACGACCACCAAAAAGCCGGUAGAGGCUCGAUGCCGAGAAUGCAUGCAGACCGUUACUGAUCUAUACGAAUGGAAUUUCUUAAGCAAGCCAAAGACAUUUAAGGCCGGUGAAGGCACGGCAGACCUGCCAUUCUCGCAUCUAAUACCUGGCCACAUUCCCGUUACAACACACGGACAGAUAGGGAGUAUAGACUACUCCUUACACGUGCGUGCCAAGUCAAGCGACGGCCAGGAGACCGAGUAUCGCCGGGAACUCAUCAUUCAACGCGCGCUGCGGCCUGGUAACGACAAGAACAGCAUGCGUAUCUUCCCGCCUACCAACCUCACGCUGCACGUCACUCUACCGAGUGUGGUAUUCCCCAUUGGCGACUUCCCAGUGACGUGCCGUAUGACGGGGAUCACCACGAAAAACGACGACUCCCAAACGCGCUGGCGGCUGCGAAAACUCACCUGGCGCAUCGAGGAGAAGGAAACCAUGGUCAGCCCGGCUUGCAGCAAGCACGCCGCCAAAGUGGGAGGCGAAGGCAAAGGUCUGCAGCAAGAAAGCUCCCGUGAAGUCGGCACCGAAGAGCUCAAGCAAGGCUGGAAAACCGACUUCUCCGACGGCCAAAUCGACGGCGAAUUCAUGGCCGCAAUCGACAGCUCCAAGCAACCCCAGUGCGACAUGGAAGCCGCCAACGGCAUGAAGAUCUCGCACGUCCUCGUUCUCGAACUCGUCAUCAGUGAAGAAUGGGCUCCGAACAAGAAACCGCACCAAGCGACUCCGACGGGCGCGGCUAGGGUGCUGCGCACGCAGUUCAACCUGAACGUUACGGAGCGUGCUGGUUUGGGGAUCAGUUGGGACGACGAGCAGCCGCCUAUGUAUGAGGAUGUGCCUGCUAGUCCGCCACAUUAUCAAAACGACCAUACGAGUGUGCAUUUCUACGAUGAGAAUAACAUACAGGGGGAGAUCGAGCACCUCACACUCAACAAUUGA